AUGUCCCACGACGACUGGUGGGCCCUGGACUGCCGCCACGGUCACGCCCUCCUGGAAAGCCGUCCCGCCGGGGAGCUCCUCGUGUGGGACCUUGUGACCGGGGACCAACGCUACCUGCCGCGGCUCGAGCAGGCCUAUCAGAAGGGCCUUGAGUACAAUGCGGCGGUUCUCUGCGCGGCUGACCACAACGACUACCAUUCGUGUCCGUUCCUCGUGGCGCUCGUGUUCAGCAGCCGGGUUGAUUUCAUCACCUCCGCCUGCGUCUACUCGUCCGAGACCGGCGUAUGGGGUGACAUCACUUCGAUUCAUGUACCGAAUUCAUUAGUUGGGGCCAAUCCGACGGCUCUGGUUGGAAACACACUCUACUGGCUAUUGGGCAACAAUGGUAUCAUUGGGUUUGAUUUGGAUAAGUAUAGAUUUGAUUUAAUUGAGGAGGUGCCAUAUAGCUACAAGCAAGCUAUCAUCAUCAUGCCAACAGAAGAUGGAGUUCUUGGUUGUGCCGGAGUUGAUGGGUUCAAGCUCCAUCUGUGGUCAAGGGAAGCUAGGAUUCAUGGAGUGGAAUCAUGGACACGUUGCAGGAUCAUUGAUCUGGAAAAGUCCCUUGCGCCGGGAGUACCGGCACCCGCUGGCUAUGCUGAAAACGCUAAUGUGAUAUUCAUUGAUGUGUAUUCUAGCGUCUACAUGAUCCAUCUCAAGUCCAUGAAGAUCGAGGAGGUCACAGAGCAAAGGAACUGCAUAUACAUUUUUCCUUACACAAGUUUCUACUCUCCAGGUAUCGCCAUUAUAUCUAGUGCCGCGUAG